AUCAGCGGCGGAGAGAAGAAAGCGCUGUGAGAGAAGGGCACAGCGAUGGCGGCCUCCAUCAGACUCGGGCGGAGGGGCGUCUGCAUCGCUCUGAGAGCCAUAAAACCCAACAAUCUGACCGUUCAGAGCAGACUUAUACCGCAGAGUAAGCGUCCGGGGACAGCGGCCUGGACCGGAAGCGGCUGCAGACAUUUCUUCCUGUCGCCGUCAGUAUGCGGGGUCGCUCCGCUCAAGGUACAGAUGCCGGCUCUCUCUCCCACCAUGGAGGAGGGAAACAUCGUCAAAUGGCUGAAGAAAGAAGGUGAUGAAGUGGCUGUCGGGGACGCUCUCUGUGAGAUAGAGACGGAUAAAGCUGUGGUGAUCAUGGAGUCCAAUGAUGAUGGAGUCCUCGCUAAAAUACUGGUGCGGGAGGGCAGUCGAGGUGUGCGUCUGGGGACGCUCAUAGCACUGAUGGUCAGUGAGGGUGAAGACUGGAAACAGGCGGAGCUUCCAGCGCUGGAGCCUGAGACUCCGCCCAAGGCCGCCGCCCCUCCUCCUCCGACCGCCACACCUUCAGCGCUCAAACAGCUGCGCUUGAGUCCAGCUGCAAGACACAUUCUGGACACUCAUGGUUUGGAUCCUCAUCUGGCGAAAGCUACAGGUCCACGAGGCCUCAUCACUAAAGAAGAUGCUCUGAAGCUGUUGGCUCACAGAGCCGAGGUUCGUCCCGCUCCUCCAGCGCCGCUCACAGUCUCUGCUCCGGCCGUGGCCCCGAGCCCCGUACGCCCCUCAUUCCCUCCGCUGUCUGUUCCCGGGAAACCCGGAGCGCCGGGCACGUUCACUGAGAUCCCGGCUUCCAACGUGAGGAGAGUCAUCGCUCAGAGACUGACGCAGUCCAAGAGCAGCAUUCCUCACGCCUACGCCUCGGUGGACUGUGACCUCGGGCCCGUCAUGAAGCUCCGCAAGCAGCUGGCCACAGAGAACAUCAAGGUUUCGGUCAAUGACUUCAUCAUCAAAGCGGCUGCCGUCUCUCUCAGAGAGAUGCCGGAAGUGAACGUGAUGUGGUCUGGAGACGGCCCGCAGCCUCUGGACUCCAUCCACAUCUCAGUCGCCGUGGCAACGCCCCGGGGCCUCAUCACGCCCAUCAUCAGAGACGCCGCUAACAAAGGGCUGCAGGAGAUCGCUGCCACCGCAAAGGCUCUGGCACAGAAGGCCCGGGACGGGAAGCUCUUACCUGAGGAGUAUCAGGGAGGAUCCUUCAGUAUCUCUAAUCUGGGGAUGUUCGGUAUCAGCGAGUUCAGUGCGGUCAUCAAUCCUCCUCAAGCCUGCAUCUUAGCCGUGGGCAGCACCAGAGCUGAACUGAGCUUGGCCCCCCAGGACCCAGACGGCCCCGUUCUCCGCACUCAGCAGCGAAUGACCGUGACUCUGUCCAGCGACGGACGCCUGGUGGAUGACGAACUCGCCUCACGCUUUCUGGAAAAAUUUCGCACGAACCUAGAGCAGCCUCAGCGCGCGAGUCUGCCGUAGAGAGAGAGGAAGAAUUGCUGGGUGUUGUGGGUGCUACGUGCUAUUUAUUUGUUAAGAUGUACAUAGAUAUGUACAUACGCAAGUGACUCAAGGUCAGAAAAAAACACUUUGAAGUCCUAGGUCAAUUAUGAUUUGCAGCACUUCUGGUGUAAAGGGAAUGAACGUUCUGGAUAUUUUGCGAGUGAGAAUCGUUCAGUGUACUGUGUGAACCUACUGAUAAACACAUGGCAAUGUUAAAGCACCUUUUAUAGCAGACAAUAUCUGUCAACUGAAGUAUCAAACCAUUAAAUCAUGUAAGGACACUAUUUUGGGAUUGCCAAAUAAUCCAAUAAACUCAUGUUCUGUUCUACUGAA